UCACAAAGAGGUCUAAUCUUGUUGGAUCUGUAAUAAGUGGUGUUAUUGACGUACUUUGGAAGUAAAUUCAUAAAAUUAUCUGUAGCGUAUAUACAACUAUAUAUGAAACUAAUUUAACUCUUUUAACAUUGUAUUUAAAAAGUAUUCAUUUGAAUCAUGACUAUAGUAGAUUAUGUACAAACUUUGUCUGAUAAUCCAUAUUUUGGAGCUGGCUUUGGCCUCUUUGGAUUAGGAGCUGGAGCAGCUUUAUUGCGAAAGGGGAUGCAAGCAGGAAUGCUAUUUUUCAGACGACAUUAUAUGAUUACUUUAGAAGUUCCCUGCCGUGACAAGAGUUACCAGUGGCUUUUACAAUGGAUUACACAUAAGGGUGCAAAGGAAACACAACAUCUAUCAGUUGAAACAAGUUUCGAGCAAAGAGAAACAGGUCACAUAAAAACUAGAUAUGAUUUCAUACCAAGUAUUGGAACCCAUUUCAUUAGGUAUGCAGGGAAUUGGAUAAGGGUAGAGAGAACUAGAGAACAACAGACAUUAGAUAUACAAAUGGGUAUACCAUUUGAAACAGUACAACUUACAGCAAUUGGGAGAGACAGAACCAUAUAUUUUAACAUUUUAGAAGAAGCCAGACAGAUGGCUUUAAAAGAACACGAAGGUAAAACAAUAAUGUAUACUGCAAUGGGAAGUGAAUGGAGGCAAUUUGGACAUCCCAGAAAACGAAGACCGCUGGAUUCGGUUAUUCUAGAUACCGGAGUUGCGGAUAGGAUAAUAAAGGAUUGCCGUGAAUUUAUCCAAAAUCAUUCAUGGUAUAGUGAUCGCGGAAUUCCGUAUAGACGGGGGUACUUAUUGUAUGGGCCUCCGGGUUGCGGUAAAUCGUCAUUCAUCACCGCGUUAGCUGGUGAAUUAGAGCGGGGUAUAUGCGUUUUGAAUCUAUCGGAACGAGGUUUAACAGACGAUAGAUUAAAUCACUUAUUAGCCGUAGCUCCUCAACAGACCAUUAUACUUUUAGAAGACAUCGAUGCUGCGUUUCUUAGCAGAGAUGAAGCUAAAGAAGUUACAACUGCAUAUGCCGGUUUGAACAGAGUUACAUUCAGUGGUUUAUUAAAUUGUUUGGAUGGUGUCGCUUCUACUGAAGCGAGAGUUCUGUUUAUGACGACCAAUUACUUAGAAAGAUUAGAUCCUGCUUUAGUUAGGCCGGGUAGAGUAGACGUAAAAGAAUACAUAGGUUGGUGCAGUCAGAAACAAGUGGAACAAAUGUUUUUAAGAUUCUAUAGAGAUAACGAAAAUAAGGCGGAGGAGCUUGCUACAGAAUUUGCAGGAAAUGUAAUGUCACAUAAAAAGAACGUAAGCCCUGCACAAAUUCAAGGAUUCUUUAUGUUUUAUAAAAAUAAUCCCAAUGAAGUAUUAAAAAAUGUUUCACAUAUAUGGGAGCUUACGUGAUAGGAUUAAUUAUCAUUAGGUAUUUUAAUCAUAAAUAUAGUUUUAGAUCUAUGUAAUUGUUUGUGAAUAUCCCUUGAAUGU